AUGGUAGAAUUCAAGGAUGUAGGAACAGAAAUGAAUUCUGACAGUAUAUUAAAUCAUGGAAUGAAGCGUCCUGCCUUAGUGUAUACUUUGGAAAAUGAAGCCUGCCUUCUCCGAAGGAGCACCAGUGUGCGCAGGGAUGGUGAUGUGGUGAUUGGGUGUUUCUUGCCUCUUUAUUACUAUAUCUACUAUACUGGUAUCCUUGAUAUAAAGCCUGUUACAGACUUCUAUUUCAUUCAGCACACACCUAACAACUACCAGAACUACCUGGCCUUCACUUUUGCCAUAGAAGAGAUCAACACGAAUCCUCAUCUUUUACCCAACAUUACUCUGGGAUACGAGUUCCAUAACUUCAUUUACAGUCAUUGGAGGAUGCUAGAGAAUUCCUUCAUUUUGCUCACAAGACAACACGAGAUCCCUAACUACACAUGUGGAACAGAAAGCAAGUGUGCAGCAGUCCUGACAGAAAUGCCAUGGGGAACCUCAGCUCAGAUUGGACCACUGCUGGAGCUCUACAGAUUUCCACAGGUAACCUUUGACUCAUUUGAUCCUACGCUGAUGGACACUGGCCUGUAUCCUUCACUUCAUCAGGUGGCCCCAAAGGACACAUAUCUGGCCCUUGCCAUGGUGUCCUUGAUGCUUCAUUUCCACUGGACUUGGAUUGGACUGCUCAUCACAGAAAGCCAGAAGGGUCUUCAGUUUCUCUCAGAUGUAAGAGCUGAGAUGGACAGGAACAGAGUCUGUGUGGCCUUCAUGAAAGUGUUGUCAAAUGUGGCUGUGUUAUAUGUUCUAUCUGAAAAGAAACAUAAAAUUCUGUCUGUAGAUACUUCAUCUGCUAAUGUGGUGGUCAUUUACUAUGACACUGACAGUGCAAAUGAUAUCAACUACACUAUAAUGCAAAACUUUGUGACAUGGAAAGUUUGGGUGACAAACUCACAGUGGCAUGCUGACCUGAAUUGGAGAGAUUUCAUCCAUGACCACUUCCAUGGGAUUUUUAUUUUUUCACACCACCACGAAGAAAUUUCACAUUUCAAAAAUUUUGUCCAACAAGCUACCCCUUUCAAAUACCCAGAAGACACUUACCUCAUUAUGUAUUGGUCCAAGAAUUUCCAUUGCUCAUUCUCCGCGUCUGACUGUGCCUUAAAAAACUGUACCCCUAAUGCCUCUCUGGCUUGGUUGCCUCUGAAUCAGUUUGAAACAGCCAUGAGUGAUAGGAGCUACAAUAUAUACAAUGCUGUGUACGCUGUGGCCCAGGCCCUCCACGCAAUGCUUUUUGAAGAAGUGCAAAGACCGCCACUGAGUAGCAGACAAGUGAUGAUGUUUUCCCCCUGGCAGCUGCAUUCCUUUCUGAAGUACAUUCAAUUCAACAAUCCUGCUGGAGACCAGGUGAACUUGGAUUGGAGAAGGAAAGUGGAUUCAGAGUAUGACCUUCUCAAUUUUUGGAAUUUUCCAGAAGGCCUUCGAUUGAAGGUUAAACUAGGCAUAUUUUCUUCACAUGCUCCCGAUGGCCAAAAACUGACUUUAUCUGAGUAUAUGAUAGAGUGGGCCACAGAAGUUACAGAGAUUCCCCACUCAGUGUGCAGUGAGAGUUGCACUCCUGGAUUUAGAAAAAGCCCUCAGGAGGGAAAGGCUGCCUGCUGUUUUGAUUGCACCCCUUGUGCAGGCAACGAGAUCACCAAUGACACAGAUAUGGAACAGUGUGUGAAGUGUCCAGAUGCUCAGUAUGCCAACACUCGGAGAAACAACUGCUUGGGAAAAACUGUGACUUUUCUGGCUUAUGAAGACCCCAUAGGGAAGUUUCUGGCUGGCACUGCCCUAAGUCUCACUGUCCUCACAGCUUUGGUGCUAGCCCUCUUUCUGAAGCACCAAGACACACCCAUUGUCAAGGCUAACAACCGGGCCCUGAGUUACACCCUGCUCAUCUCCCUCAUCUGCUGUUUCCUCUGCUCCUUGCUCUUCAUUGGCAAGCCCUGGCCAGCCACUUGCAUCUUCCAGCAAACUACGUUUGCAGUUGUGUUCACUGUGGCUGUUGCCACUGUCUUGGCCAAAACUAUGACUGUAGUUCUGGCCUUUAAGGUCACUGGUCCAAGCAGGAGAAUGAGGCAGUUGCUGGUGUCAGGGGCACCAAACUUCAUCAUCCCCAUCUGCUCCUUGAUCCAACUCACUCUAUGUGGCAUCUGGAUGGGGACAAAUCCACCCUACAUAGACACAGAUGCACACUCUGAACAUGGCCACAUCAUAAUCGUGUGCAACAAGGGCUCCCUCACUGCCUUCUACUGUGUCCUGGGAUACCUGGGCUCUCUGGCCAUGGUGAGCUUCACUGUGGCUUUCCUGGCCAGGAACCUGCCUGAAACCUUCAAUGAAGCCAAGUUCCUGACCUUCAGUAUGCUGGUGUUCUGCAGUGUGUGGGUCACCUUCCUGCCUGUGUACCACAGCAGCAAGGGGAAGGCCAUGGUGGUCAUGGAGGUCUUCUCCAUCUUGGCCUCCAGUGCAGGGCUGCUGGGCUGCAUCUUUGCCCCCAAGUGCUACAUUAUUCUUUUAAGACCAGAGAGAAAUUCUCUUUCUGGGUUCAAAAGUAAAACACAUUCUGGAAGAGAAAAGUCUUCUUAA